AUGGCCGUUUUCAAUCCUAAGAUUGUGGACGCCAGUGUUCGCGAUGUUGUAUCUGCACUUUCCAACGAGGUGAAAGUGGAUGUCCUUCUGUACGCAAUGGAACGCAUAGCCGCCAAUCCGAACUCUAGAACGACCAUCGAGAAUGCGGCCCAGUCCGUUCUUCAACUGGCUGCCGCACGCCCAGACAAACAGAUACAGGCGAGGCUGAUUCGGGCGAAGGCAAGAUUGGCCGCCGGAAUGCGGGGUGCUGCUCAUCAAGACUUGCAGAUGAUUCUCCAGCUCGAUCCCGAACACAGCGAAGCGUCUGAGCUUCUCCCGUCAGGAAACAGCGGCGACAACAAGAAGCGUUCAGUCCGGGGAAAUUCUCGUUUGUCCAACGAAGUAUGGAGAGAAGUCGCCCUGUACCUCUCGAAGAACGAUCUGCGUAGCCUGUUGCUGGUACCGCAUGCUCUUUCCGCCAUCGCCAGCCAGCUUCUGCUGCAGACGGUCAACCUACACUUCGGAACCGAACCUCAUCGGCGGCACUUUACGGAUAUAUUGUCGCAGGAGCUCGACGAAUGGCACGCGCGGCGCAGCGCAGAGAUCUUGACCCAUCUUGUCUCGGACCCGAAACACGCAUGUCACGUCCGCUCUCUCAAUGUGUUCUCAUCAAGCACAGAAGGCGCUUUGGCCUUUCAAUUAGCUAUGAUAGAGAAUGCCAUACCGAAACUUGUCAAUUUGACCUCAUUCGGCUGUCGUAUGGAUGGCAAAGCCAUGCAUACUCUGCUUCACGCCUUGGAAAAGAGUCAGACGAAGCUCAAAAGCCUGGUACUCGACCCUAUCAGCCCACUACCAGCCGAGCUGCCCAAUUUCCCGCUUCUCACUCGUUUCGCAUACGGAGGUGAAGGCAUCGACGGCGCUCCACCCAACCUUGAUCACAUUUUCUGCGGCCGGAGCGUCGCUUUGCGUAAGCUGGUGAUUCAGAAUUCGCGCUUCAUGCUCGAUGCGCGCGUUCCCUUUGGCAGCCUCACGUCUCUGGACCUACGCUGCAGCAUCCGCGACGGAGAACUUUUGUCGAUGAUCUUCCUCGAGGGUCGCCAUAUACAGCGCCUUAGCUUGACGUGCACGGUGUCGCGCAACGACAGCCCGACUUUGACCCAAGCCUUCCGCGCCCACGCCUCCGCUCUCCCAUCACUCCGCGCAUUCUCAUUCCAAAUCGAGGGCAGCCCGCAUAGCACGGAGGAUCCGUCGCUGGUGCCGUCUAUGACGGAGUUCAUCCGGGCACACCCGUACUUGGAGGCUCUGCGCAUCAUGAAUGCGCUUGCGGGACAGAUCAGCGGCUCCAUCGUCUGGAGUGUACUUCCAAUGCUACAGAAGCUGACUGUACUAUCUAUGGAACUUCCGAAGGAUCCUGCCUUGGCUAUUUGGCUUAUACCGAAGUCGGUCAUUGCCCUGCACUUGAGUUUUCCCCACGCUCAUAUGGACGACGCUACCUUGGUCUCGCAAUUGCUCCCCGGCCUACCCCGAGAUCUCAAGAUCCUGUCGCUUCCGUUCAUGAACGUCUCCGGUCCUUUGCGCGAUGUACUGGACGGGAGCCUCCCCCAUCUCAAGAUGCUGGCCAUCGGAGCCGUCAAUCACUCUGUCGUACGCACACAUCGCGGGCUAGAACUCGAAAGAUGGGGAGAGCGACGGUGCAAGUACUUCCUUGCGGACAGUCUGGGAGGGUUAGGCGGAGAAUAUGAGUUUGCUCCUUGGGUUGCGCCGCUUCCGUGGCACUGGUAG